CGGUCGCGCCUGGGCAUGGACUGGGGCCUGCUGCUGAGCAGACUGACCGCGGUCGAAGGCCAGGGCCAGUGCCUUUACGCGGCGGUGCACAACAUUCAAACGGGAGCCUGCAUCGCCUACGAGCCGCCUGAGAUAUACCCGGGGGUCUCCGAGUCCGAGGUCCGCGAGCUUGCGUCAUCGCACCGGGAUCCACUGCGCAUGUACAGCGGUGGGGUGAGCAUCUGCAGACUGCGCUUUGCUUUCCUAAAAAUGGAAGGCAAGAACGUCAUCCUGCUGCGCAGGCCGGACGCCAAGUGCGCUGUUGGAUUCGCCAACACCGUUCUCGUGGUCGCCGUUUACUCAGUCCACGAGCCAUCCAGGCUGGUGGUUCCCAAGCUUCAAGAGAUGUGCACCACGUUAAUUGAACAGUGUUAUUAAACUCUACUGCCACCCUCUCACCGAAGAAAAUAAAAA